AUGUCUAACGAUUAUCCUGGCAAAACAGGUAAUUACAAAUUAUUAAAUAACACAGGAGAACUACCAGUUAUUAAAAUUCUUGUAGAAAUCGUCACCUACCUCAAUAGCAAGGAAUCUUCUUACUGGUCUUUUCCUGACUUCCUUUCCUCAAAUUUUGAAGCGAUCGUUAAUUUUCCACCGGAUACCAACGAUAUUAAGGGUCUUUCUGGCACCUGGCUGAAACGCUUCAUGCUUGAAGCAAAAGCAAAGGGCUUUGAGUAUAAAAUUUCUAAGGGUCAAAAUUCGAAUGUGCAAAAUAUUUUUAAUGAUGUAAUUUCUGCUCGACUGGAUAUCUUACGACAACAAAAUAUCACAAUUUUGAAAUCGAAGGCCAAGAUUAUUGCGGACGAGAAAGGCAUUAAUCUUGUUACAGCUUCCUCUGAAUUUCAUGGAUCUCAAAUGAUCGCAGAAUAUUCACAAAAUCCAAAACAGUACAUAAAUGACGAUGAAAACAUUAUCGAAAGCAACCAAUCAUUAUCAAGAAAAAGACGAGAUGUUGAUUACAAAGAAGAUCGAGAUGGGUACACUACGCCUUGUCCAAACAGUCCAAUGGUGAAUAAUCCGGAGGACGAACCGAAACCAAAGAGACGGGCUAAGACUGAUGAUAAGUCUUGCACUUCAUCUGCCGGAACUAGUGAUGAUAUGUACAAGAGUGUGGAUGACGAGUCCGAAGAAUCCGAAGAAAGUGAUGAGGAAGACGAAUUGAGGCUAGACGUGGAAGAAAUUGGGUUCGAAGAAUACAUCGAUCAAGGGGGAUAA